CCGUGAAGAAACCUCAGGCGACGGCUAUCAACACCCCAAAAAAAAGUACAAUCCAAGUCGACGACGACGACGGUCCUUCCAACGCCGACUAGCUCCCCUAAUACCGUCGACCUUCCCUUCACACAAUGCUUCGUCCUAGAUUAAGAGUUCCUAGCUCGGUCUUUGGCCUCGGCCUGCGCUCAACAGUCAAUGCCCGCCGAUCAAUCCAUCAUGUUCCCCAACUGCCGCACGACUAUUCUGAGGGUGUUCCUAACCUCAUGAGCCCUGGAGGUUUCUCGAUCGCUUGGACUGAAUACAUGAAGUUGACGGUGGAGAAGCUGAAUGCUUUGACUGUUGGCACUGAGCUCGAGGAUAAGGACACAAAGACAAUUGCUCUCAUGACAGCCCGCGAGCCUAAUCAGGCCCCCAUCUUCAACUAUGCUUCCAUGGCGCACAACAACCACUUCUUCUUCCAAGGCAUCGCACCAGAAGGAACCCCCAUGCCCGACGCCCUCCGCAGCGAACUAGAGGCCUCAUUCUCCUCCAUCGAGACCCUCCGCCGCGAAUUCAUCAUCACUGCCUCCGCCAUGUUCGGCCCGGGCUUCCUCUGGCUCGUCAAGGCUGGUCCCGGCGACUACCGUCUUCUACCCACCUACCUCGCCGGAUCUCCUUACCCCGGCGCUCACUGGCGCGCCCAGACUACCGAUAUGAACGCCGUGGGCAAGGAUGGCUCUGCCCGCACUUUUAUGCACAACCAGGCAUUCGGUGCCAACAAGCGAAACAGCGAUCUUCCCCCAGGUGGUGUUGAGCUGGAGCCUCUUCUGUGUCUAAACACCUGGGAGCACGCAUGGCUGCUGGAUUGGGGUGUUGGCGCUGGUGGCCAGGGUGGAAAGACUGCUUUCGCCGAGUCAUGGUGGAAGUUGAUCGACUGGGAGAAGGUGGCCCAGAAGUCGGGAGUGCUACGACCUGGCUUCAAGUCGGCGUAAGCAGAAAUAUGAUACAUGACGGCGCGUAGACAGGAUGUAUAGUUAGGACACGAUGUUACGGCAUUGGAUAGAGACAAAGGGAUAAGGGAAGCGAAUUCUGUAAGAUAUUGUACUCUGCAUAUACAGGUGGGGAAAAUGUACCAUUUGACGUCUCAAUGCGUCUCUAUGUCCUAUAUCCUGCUCAUGAGACGCCUGGGAGAUGGUCUGCUCACCCAGGUAUGUUGCUAGGCGCUGGUUCUAGUAUACAGCGUACCUCGUAUUAAUGAAGACCAAAAGGGUAUAAACACCAAAAAAGACAUACAACACCAGGUAUUCGCUGGUCGUCACCGACCCAACUACUAAUCCGGCGCUUCGUGGCUUGACGAUGGGG